AUGUUACGACGCAGCUCGCAAAAUGCAUUCCUGAAGCUGGCCCAAAACGAUGAACAGUACAAGUUUUCAUGGGGAAUGAAGUCGUGCAUUUAUAGUAGGCCCAAGCUUUUAAGACCACUGUGGGGUGAAGGGGACGGCAAGAGUUCGGUUGUAACGAUGAGCGAAGCAGAAACCAAGAUGGCAUACCGGGUGCUUUUCAAGGAAGAAUGGAUAGAAAGAGUGAAGGAGCUAACAAUCAAUGGAAUAAGCCAGCAGUGCUGUUCAUCGGAAAGUUUGUUGCAAGGAUUUAAUGAAAGUUUUAUAAGUUUUCUCGAGACGAUUGAUUGGAAGAAUGAAGAAGAAAUGAAAAGAUUUGAGGUGCCGUUGCUUAUGUUAAAAAAGCUUUUGAAGAGGUAUACUUGGAAACAAGAAGAAAUAGCACAAAAAAUUCUGGGUACAUUGGAGGCCGAGCAAAUGAUUGCGGUGCAUUCUGGGAAUUUGUGCAAUGUAAUGAGCGAGAACUGGAACAAACUAAAGAUGGAAGCAGUUAAGCAUAAAGUCAAGUUUGUGAAGGACCAGUUGAAAGAGUUUCGAGAAAGAAAAAAAAGCUCAAAAAGUAAAACACAUGUUAUCACCGAAAACGGAAUGCAAACCAUAGAAGACAAAGGAGCAGCUCUUGCGCUUGAGUUUUUAAAUAAACAGUGCAAGGCUGGCUGGAGUGAUGUACAGAGUUCCUGGGAGUUUGUUGUUAUGAAUGAGGUUGGUUGCAGUUUGCGGGCCUUGACUUUUGAAAGAUUGGAAAAUUUGCUUCAAGAGUCGCUGGAUAUUUUUGACAAGAACGAAAUCAGGUAUGCUGAUGAUGAUUGCUAUACAGCACGCGAGUCUAUGCGGCGGUUUCUAUUUUUCAGCCAGUUUAUUGAGCAAGAGGCGCAAUUGUAUGCCGGAUUGUUUAACCAUGUUUGUGUGAUUACAUGCCGAGACUUGGAUCUUUUGCAUGUAUUUGAAGAUGAAGAGCAUCGAAUCAAGCUUUUGGAUCGAAUUGCAAAAAACGGGGUCCACAUUAGUUUAAGUCGUAACGAGUUUCAGAAAGAGUUUGACGCUAUUAUGUUGGGUAAUGAGGGAACAGUAACAGAUUGGAAAUAUCAUGCAGAGCUAUUGCAUGAAGUUUUGCAAGACCCUAGAGAAACAGUUGAGCUGGACGAGACUUUGACAGAAUUAGGAAACUUGUGCAAACAGAUGAAACUUCAUGAGCAUAAACAAAUGAACGGUGGUAGCAGAAACGCAAUUCUGGAGUACGUUGAAGAGUGUGGUGUUUCAAAGCUUGGGGGAGCUUUUGGGACGUUUAUGUUGAGCCAGUUUCGAGUGCAUGAAAUAAUUGAUUUUUCGUUAAUGAAGAUGUGGGGAGGGUCUGAGGAACUUGAUCCAGACAAGGAUGAUACUUAUUCAAAAGUUUCUGAUUCCGACAUUUCUAAAGAUAUUGUGUACUACGCACUACUGAGAGCAAACAUGAUUCUCAAAAAUUGCCAGUACCCUAAACGAUUGCUCUCGGUGUUUUUGGGCAGACAUGAAGUGCGAUUGUCACCUAAAACCAUGUUGCAUAUUAUUAAGGAACCGCAAAAUGAUAUGGCAAAUCGGGUGAGGAAUCUGCGUGUUGAGUGUUCAGGUGGACCCAAGCGGCUUCUCAAAAAACUUAUUCCUCUGCAAAAAAUUGUGCGAGAAUUUCAUGAAGGCAAAUUCAAGACAAGAAUCCUGAAUGAAGUUGAGGGUGUGUAUUUGAAUGAUGAGGAGGUUGACGAGUUGUAUGAAGAGAUUGCUGCUGGGUCAAGUUUGGUGAUGGAAAAAGUGAGCAAGCUUGGAUUGGAACAAGAAGUCAAGGAAUUAAGCAAAGCAGCAGAAAUUGAAAAAAGAAAAUGGAAUAAUUUGGUUUCGCUCACUUUGGCUCUGUGGAUCUUUGAUUUGGCAGCAGCAAUGGCUUCACAUUGUCUUGAGCGGGAUCCUGGGCUAAAUGCAAAUGAGAAACGGUUAACUGGGCGGGGGCUUAUUGCAAUGUUCCAGAGAGUUUAUGUAACAAAGUGA